AUGUCUGCAUCUGAUGCUACUGUGUUUCUUAACAGAGGUAAAUCAUCUAGUCAUAUAAUUAGGAGUUCUAUUUAGUCAAAAAGGAGAAAAUGAAAAAGCACUCCAAGACUACAACAUGGCCAUCCAAUUAAAUCCAUUUUAUGAUGAUGCGUAUAUGAACAGAGGUAAAUCAUCUAGUCAUAUAAUUAGGAGUUCUAUUUGAUGACAAAGGAGAAAAUGAAAAAGCACUCCAAGACUACAACAUGGCCAUCCAACUAAAUCCAAAUUAUGCUAAUGCGUAUAUGAACAGAGGUAAAUCAUCUAGUCAUAUAAUUAGGAGUUCUAUUUUAUAACAAAGGAGAAAAUGAAAAAGCACUCCAAGACUACAACAUGGCCAUCCAAUUAAAUCCAAAUCAUGCUGAUGCGUAUAUGAACAGAGGUAAAUCAUCUAGUCAUAUAAUUAGGAGUUCUAUUUCGUCAAAAAGGAGAAAAUGAAAAAGCACUCCAAGACUACAACAUGGCCAUCCAAUUAAAUCCAAAUCAUGCUACUGCGUAUAUGAACAGAGGUAAAUCAUCUAGUCAUAUAAUUAGGAGUUCUAUUUGAUGACAAAGGAGAAAAUGAAAAAGCACUCCAAGACUACAACAUGGCCAUCCAACUAAAUCCAAAUUAUGCUAAUGCGUAUUACAACAGAGGUAAAUCAUCUAGUCAUAUAAUUAGGAGUUCUAUUUGAUAAAACAGGAGAAAAUGAAAAAGCACUCCAAGACUACAACAUGGCCAUCCAAUUAAAUCCAAAUCAUGCUACUGCGUAUAUGAGCAGAGGUAAAUCAUCUAGUCAUAUAAUUAGGAGUUCUAUUUGAUGACAAAGGAGAAAAUGAAAAAGCACUCCAAGACUACAACAUGGCCAUCCAA